AUGGCCAAAGACAAAGAGCGCUCGGUGAACCCUGCCGCCGCGCAGCGGAAGCAGGAUAAACAGAAAGAAUUGAGGAAAGGCAAAGCUGAGGCAUUAGCGCGCCGGAAUGAGAAACUUGCCCGGCGCAACCCAGAUCGGAUCCAGCGCCAGAUCAACGGGUUCAAAGAAGCACAGGAAUCAGGACAACAGUUACGGCCGCGCGAUAAGGAGCUCCUCGAAGCGUUGGAAAAGGAUCUGCGAAGUGUCCUGAAGGCGCGUGAAGCUCUUGGCGACAAGGCACCCCGGUUCGAGCAGGGUGGCAGAGGGGGGCGCCAGGGCGAGGGCGCGAGACGGGGCGGUGGCGACGGAGUGCUCGGGAAGCGGAGGCGAGGCUCAGAUGAAACACGGAUGCCUCGCGAUAGUGACAGUAGUGAUACGGACGAGGACGUGCGAGGGAUACCCAUGCCGCGAGAUACUCCGCCACCAAUCCCGCGCCAGAACCAGCGCAGACGGGAUGGAAAUGUCCCGUCAGAACAGAUUGCUGAGCAUAGUGGUCCUCAUCCGCUGCCAGCUCGUCCGACGGCGGCUCCGGUGGCCAAGACUGUUUACGAGGCAAAGCCUCAGAUUCGGGACUUGCGGCAGGAGGCGAGUAAAUUUGUUCCAGCUGCGGUCAGGAUGAAGCAGCAGGCAAUUAAGGGACAAGGGAAGCUCUUGGAACCGGAGGAAAUGGACAGGCUUGAGAAGGCCGGGUAUAACGCCGGUCCCGCUCCACAAGUACAGGCUGGCGAUUCGUCAGAGAUAGACGGGCUAUUGUCAUUAGAGGAAGAGGAGCGGCGAUUCAACCAGGAGCGUCGGACGGUUCAAAUGGAAGAGGUCGAGGACGAGGAUGCAUAG